AUGACUCAACCUCAGGGUUUUGAAGAUCCAAAGCAUCCUCAAUUUGUUUGCAGACUUCACAAGUCCCUCUAUGGCCUGAAACAGGCACCUAGAGCCUGGUUUGACAAGCUGAAAAAUGCUUUGUUUGCACAGGGGUUCACAUCCUCCAAGUCCGACCAAUCCCUGUUUAUCAGGUUUAGUUCUCAACAUGUCACUUUUAUACUUGUGUAUGUUGAUGAUAUUUUGAUAACUGGGAGUGAUGAGAAGGAGGUUCAACAGCUAAUCACACUGCUAAAUGAUUGCUUUACGUUGAAGGAUAUGGGAGAAGUGAACUUUUUCUUAGGAAUUCAUGUGACUCAUACGGCAGGUGGUAUGCAUCUGUCUCAGAAAAAGUAUGUCACUGAUUUAUUGUGUAAAGCCAAAAUGCAAGAUGCUAAGCCAAUUGGAGCUCCUAUGACUACUGGUUUCAAACUUUCAGCUUUUGGAAGUGAUGAAGUGGAAAGCCCUCAGUUGUAUAGAAGUAUUGUUGGAGCCCUUCAAUAUGUCACUAUAACUCGGCCUGAGUUAUCCUACUCUGUCAACAGAGUCUGCCAGUUCAUGCACAAGCCGCUUGAGACACAUUGGCGUGCUGUGAAGCGCAUUCUUCGAUACUUGAGAGGCACACUUGAUUUUGGUCUUCACCUUCAGAAAUCUACUCAACUGAAUUUGCUAGGUUUUUGUGAUGCAGAUUGGGCAUCAGACCCGGAUGAUAGAAAGUCAACUUCUGGGUAUUGUGUUUACUUAGGGUCCAACAUUGUCUCUUGGUGUUCAAAGAAACAACACACUAUUUCCAGAUUAACUACUGAAGCAGAGUAUAGGAGCCUAGCAAAUGUAGUUGCCAAAGUUACUUGGCUCUUGUCUCUACUCAAGGAAUUGAAGGUUGACAUUCAGACUAGACCAGUGGUGUGGUGUGACAAUCUUAGUACAGUCCAACUUGCUGCCAAUCCUGUUCUACAUGCAAGGACAAAACAUGUGGAGCUUGAUUUAUAUUUUGUAAGAGAGAAGGUAAUACAUAAAGUCAUUGAUGUUAAGCAUGUUCCAGCUAUUGAUCAGGCAGCUGAUGUACUUACCAAGCCAAUAUCAAGUUCUAAGUUUCCUGCUCUUAGACACAAACUCAAAGUUGAAAGUCUUUCAACCUUGAGUUUGAGGGGGGCUGUUAGAGAUAGUUAG